AUGUUAAACGACAACUUCACCACAGGAAACACCACCUUCCCCUUGACUAUGGAAAGGCAGGUUUCCGCAUCGCUAUUUUCACCAUGGAAGACGUUCGACAAAGUGUUUACCUCAGUCAUGGGAUACCCGGCCAAGGAGUUUGAGUUCGUUCCUGGCCACACGCCGUUCUCGACCCUGGGCGGAGCCGUGGGAAUGGCUGUGCUCUAUCUGGUGGUCAUCUUUGGUGGCCGUGAGGUGAUGCGCAACCGGAAGCCUGUAGAGCUGAACACGCUCUUCAAGAUACACAACCUCUUCCUGUCUCUCCUAAGCGGUGCCUUGCUAGUGCUGUUCAUCGAGCAGCUCGUGCCAAGCCUGUGGCGCGGCGGCCUCUAUGAGAACAUAUGCGGGGUUUCGGGCUGGACUCAACCACUCGUUCUUCUGUACUACAUCAACUACCUUACAAAGUACUACGAGCUCAUUGACACCGUCUUCCUGAUGGUCAAGAAGAAGCCUCUCACCUUCCUGCACUGCUACCACCACCCGGCGACCGCGCUUCUCUGCUUCUCCCAGAUGAUUGGGGGCACGCCCCUCUCUUGGGUGCCCAUCACGCUCAACUUGACUGUCCAUGUUGUCAUGUACUGGUACUACUUCCAGACCGCGCGGGGUGUCAAGGUGUGGUGGAAGCAGUGGAUCACUCGCUUGCAGAUUGCGCAGUUCGUGCUUGACCUGGGAUUCGUCUACUUCGGCUUCUACGAUGUCUUCGCGGAUACCUACUUUAAGGAUAUUCUACCCCACGUCGGCCGGUGUGGAGGCGAGUUCUUUGCCGCGGUGACGGGCGGCGCGAUCCUGACUUCGUACUUGGUCCUGUUCAUCAUGUUCUACAUCUCUACCUACAAGAAGGGCGGUCAGAGGGGUGCGCAAAAGACCAAGUCGGCCGUGCUCAGCGAGAAGAGGUCGUUUGCGGCAGGGCCAGCUAAUGGCGCACGGGCCGAGAUGAAGAGUUAA